AAGCCGAUGCUGCUGUGCUUCCUUGUUGACAGCCAGAACUGCAUCAGUGGCUGCAGCUUCUUCCACCUGGGCUGGCUUCUUAAACUCUUCAGAAGAAGAGGCAUCUGACAGCCAUGGAGCCAUGACAUUUGAAUGACAGAUUCAGCAAUUGGAAGGAUGGAAGUUGUAGACCACAAUCCGCCUGCUUGCUCCAAGCCAAUUCCAAAUGGAUACACCAAUAAGAUUUUUCAGGCCUAUUCAAAGGAAAGAAGUGCGAUUCUGAAUUCUGGUGGCUGUGAUAACAAUGAACAGGAAGAUGCAGCUCGGCAUAAAAAGAAGACUAAGGGCAGUCGAAUUUGGAAUUUGGUUAGCCGAAAGAAGGGCACCUCCAUGAAUACCAAAAGGCCCCAGUCUAUGAUCCUCUUUGGAGAUAACGUGGAGGUCUUGGAACAAAACCAUAAGAUGUCCUUUAUGGACAGGGUGAGAUCUUUCAAGAAGCUGCGGUCAUCUGGCACAUCCAAGAACUCCUCCAAAAGCAAACCCAGUGCUAUCGCUGAGGAAACUCAAGAAGAUGCUGAACAGAAGGCACGUCAUAGAAUUAAGAAGCUCAGUGAAAGUCAACGGCCUUUCCGUCAUUCCUAUGCAGGCUACAUUGAGGAUCUGGAUUCUUCUUUUGAUGAUGUGGAGCUAAACAGCUGUGUGCUAGAUAUGGACACCAGUGAAAGUAAAUGGCAGCGGAUCGCUGACAUUGGAAUAAAUGGUGAAGAUUCCAGCAAUGACUGUCACAAAACGUCAACUCGGAGGAGUGUGGCUCCAGAGUUUGAAAAUUCUCAGAGAUCUGAGUCUGUGCCAGGGGACACUGAAAGGAGGCACACUGUUGCGGUGCCAGAGAAUAGAAAAGGAAGAAGUUCGGAUGUCUGGAGUUAUCUGAAAGGGAUUUCAUUAACAAGCAAGGAUAAUCCAAAGCUAAGAGACGAAAGAAUUGAGCCAAAUUUCCAGGAGCUGGAAAGCACAACGGCUAAUUCCUUUUCUUAUUUAGACUUUGAUUUGAGAUGUGAAGAGGAGGCGGAAGCUGGCCAGCUUAAAAGACCAAACAACACAGUUAAAGGCACUUCCUUUGGCGGGGUCCGUCGAUUCUUCAGCAGUGUUGCUGAGGUGGCUAGGAAGUGGCGAGCUUCUUCCAAAACAUUUUCGCAGGAAGAACAAAGGCCUGACUCUGGUUGUGGAUAUCAGAGGCGAGAGGUCUCUUCUCACCAGCAGCCGUUGGUCAUUGCAAAUGAUAAUGCCCAGGUUUCCUCAUCUACUGGAAUGUGUCCAGAUUCCGGCAUCUGGGAUAAGCACAGUUCAGAAAGCUCAGCAAAGAAAAAGCUGCCUCCAGGAAAUGCAAACACGGAGAUUUCUCAAGAAGUCUCUAGUUCUGUUUUAAGUAGUGAGAAUGGCAGUUUCAGUGAAACGUCCUUCUUGCCCCACGGCUCAAGUUUGUCUGCUUUCCCUUUCUCAGAAUUUCCGGAUGACAGCUGCGCAUUUCUUGGUGUGCACGGUCUAGCUAUGAAUCUGUUGCCAAUAGACGAUCCCCUUCUUUAUCAAGUAGAUCAUAGGGGUGUAGGUACUGCUUCAAGAGAAACCUGGGUAUUAGAUCCUUGGGGCCAGAGUAACACUGACAACUUGGAUCAUACUUCAAGAGAUACCCGGGGCUUCUAUAUGCCUUCCUUAAAGGGUCAGGGUUUUACCAAUGCUGAAUUGGACACUACAGAUCAGUACUCUGGAUUACAAAGUACACUGGAUUACAAAAAUUGGUGUGACGCUGAAUCAGAACUUUCACGUAAAACAGAGAAGAGUACUUUGGGCCUACGUGCUGUCGCAGAGGAUAUUAGACCUUUAGCAAGUACUAUGGGCACUACUCCAGAUUUGGCCAGUCCUGUAGCAGAGAUAAAGACUUAUUAUAGGGCCCCAGUAGAUAAUGAGUACGUUAAUGGCAUUUCUCAAGGUAGCCCAGCUAUGCAGUUUACUCCAAGUGACAAGCCAGACUCAGGGACAAUGCUAGAAGGUAAUCAGAACCCUGAGAAUACUUCUGGCGAUAGCCAGCACCUGGGCAGUAACCUGGUAGACAGUCAGGAUUUAGCAAAUACACUGACAGAUACCUGCGAUUUGGAAAGUUCUCCCCUACGUUCUCAGAACAUUAGUCCAGCUCCAUCAGAUACACAGAGCAUGGGUAGUAUUCCAGAGGAUAUGUACAGUUCCGGAAUAUCUGCUCCUUUAAGCUGUCCUACCCAAGCACUGGAUCAAGAGAAUUCCCCCAUGGAAGUCAAUGGAAAAACCUUCCCAUCCAGACAAAGUGCAAAAAGGAAACCUGACUUUAAAUACAGGGAGGUCUGUCACCCAUUCCAGGUGGGCCUGUGUACCAUUGUCUCCUUCGAUGAAUUCGACAGUGGAAAGCCGCUUUCUCACCCUCUUCAUCCGUCGCCGCAAUCUCCACCUUUCCGCCUCCUCUUGGACAGGUGCCACUCCUUGCCUCUUUCCCAGAGCACCCCAAUGGGGCUGGAUCAGCUGGGCUGGAAGAGGAAAUUGUUGCUGAGUACCGGAGCGGAGAGUGACUUGGGUUCCAAAACUCUGGAAGUACGGCGUCGAGAUGGCAGAAAUGAGAGGAGCCGAUGGAAACCCCUGAAGCCUGGAGCGGAGCAACUGCUGCUCAGUAAACUGAUCAGUGGCGGUUCUAUUGUAAGCGCUGAGGCAGUAUGGGAUCACGUCACCAUGGCCAACCGGGAGUUGGCGUUUAAAGCAGGAGACGUUAUCAAGGUCCUGGAUGCCUCCAACAAGGACUGGUGGUGGGGUCAGAUUGAUGACGAAGAAGGAUGGUUUCCCGCCAGCUUCGUAAGGCUAUGGGUGAACCAAGAAGAUGGCGUCGAGGAAGGAACUAGCGAAGUCCAAAAUGGGCACUUGGACCCAAACACUGCCGACUGCCUCUGUCUUGGUAGAACCCUUCAGAACCGAGACCAGAUGAGAGCCAAUGUCAUCAAUGAAAUCAUGAGCACUGAACGCCAUUAUAUCAAGCACCUAAAGGAUAUUUGUGAGGGCUAUUUAAAGCAGUGUCGGAAGAGAAGAGACAUGUUCAGCGAUGAACAGUUGAAGAUCAUCUUCGGCAACAUCGAGGACAUCUACCGGUUUCAGAUGGGCUUUGUAAGGGACUUGGAAAAGCAGUACAACAAUGAGGACCCGCAUCUCAGUGAAAUAGGGCCAUGCUUCCUGGAGCAUCAAGAUGGCUUCUGGAUCUAUUCUGAGUACUGUAACAACCAUUUGGAUGCAUGCAUGGAGCUCUCCAAGCUGAUGAAAGAUGGCCGGUACCAGCACUUCUUCGAAGCAUGCCGUCUCUUGCAGCAGAUGAUUGACAUCGCCAUUGACGGGUUCCUUCUGACCCCGGUGCAGAAGAUCUGCAAAUACCCCUUGCAGCUGGCAGAACUGCUGAAGUACACUGCCCAGGACCACAGUGACUACAGAUACGUGGCUGCAGCCCUGGCAGUCAUGAGGAACGUGACUCAGCAGAUAAAUGAGAGGAAAAGGAGGCUAGAAAACAUUGACAAGAUUGCACAGUGGCAGGCCUCAGUUCUGGACUGGGAGGGUGAUGACAUCUUGGAUCGCAGCUCCGAGCUGAUCUACACGGGGGAGAUGUCCUGGAUUUACCAGCCUUAUGGACGAAGCCAACAGCGCGUCUUCUUCCUUUUUGAUCACCAGAUGGUUCUCUGCAAGAAGGAUCUAAUAAGAAGAGAUAUCCUGUACUACAAAGGGCGCAUCGACAUGGAUCGAUAUGAGGUCUUAGAUAUUGAAGAUGGGCGGGAUGAUGACUUCAAUGUCAGCAUGAAGAAUGCAUUCAAACUUCACAACAAGGAGACGGAAGAAAUGCACUUAUUUUUUGCCAAGAAGCUGGAGGAGAAACUGCGGUGGCUGAGAGCUUUCCAGGAGGAGAGGAAGAUGGUACAAGAAGAUGAAAAAAUAGGCUUUGAAAUUUCCGAAAACCAGAAACGACAGGCCGCGAUGACAGUAAGGAAAGUCAGUAAGCAAAAAGGUGUUGGCUACUCUCGGUCUGUUCCUCCAGCUUACCCACCACCCCAGGACCCACUGAAUCAGGGACAAUACAUGGUGACAGAUGGCAUAGCCCAACCCCAGGUCUACGAAUUCACCGAACCCAAACGCAGCCAGUCGCCAUUCUGGCAAAACUUCAGCAGAGAGCGAAAAUGAAACAUCCAUUAUUUUUAUGAGAAGAUGCUUCCUAAAUAUUCAGCGCUAGGAAAAAAAAAAAAGACAACAACUUCGUCACGCCAUUAUUUGCAUCAUAACUCAAGACUCCAUUGGUCUGACAAGGCCAUUUGUUCAACUCCCAGAUCCUUUCUUAAGUGGAAAAAGCCCCGAGGGAAGAGCUUUGCGACUCAGUGCCAAAGCC